CGUUUGCACGUGGAUCAGACUGUGCUGCUAUGAGAGAGCCCCAGCAUCUAGAGUGGAGUGGAAACAGGAAGAGGAGGCGAAAGGAAAAAAAGGAGACAGAGGAGCGGAUCGGUGAGACGAGGUGGCGAGGAGUGAAAGGGAGGAAAAGGGGAGCAGAGGGCUGCUGUGUGGACCAAAGACAGAAAAAUAGGAGCCAGGAGCUAUUUAAAGGGAUCCCAGACUGCACAGGUCGGCUGGCUUUCUAUUCCUGACUGAUAACAUCAACAAAUUUGAAGCAGAAAGUCUGUCAUCACAUUCUCUCACCUGUGACAGACUCCCUCUUUGCUCCCGAGUGUGAAGUGGAGGGCCUUCCAAACACAGACCAAGACUGGCUGCAUGUAUCAUCCAGCAGAGCCCUACUCCAACCGCAACUCAUGGGACUCCUAUUCAGCUGGAGGGCCUAACAGAGGACAAUGGGUGCCUGUAAACAGUCGCCCCUGGACCAACACACAAAGAUGCCAAGAAGGGCGCAGCCAGCCGCACCAUUCUCUGUCAAAUCGUAUUUAUAGCAGAGGGGACAGAACAGUCAACCAUGUCCAGGACAAAAGCUUGUCAAAAGGAAACCGACAGUUCCGAGUUUGGGACGCCAAAGAGCCACAUUAUCAGACCCAGAACUGGCAACCCAACUCCACACGCUCCUUCAGCAACCAGGGUGGUGCCAACGGUUACCCACCAAGACCCGGACAGCGUUAUGUAGACUGGCAGAACAAUCAUGGGGAUACUCGUGCCAAUCGCAUAAACAGGGAGCAGCAGCCGCCACCAGAUAAAUGGGCCACCUCAGACUGCCACAGGAGCUUCACAGGCAGGACGGUAAACAACAGACCAGGAUCUUGGAAAUGGCCAGCCCCCCACCAGCGGCACCAUCACGGUCCACCCCCACAGCACCGUCCAUCUCAUGGGAGCGGGAGUCCAGUUAGGAGGAGAAGGGAUCUGAGUCCUGAUCAGUCGUGUCAUCCUGGAUCGAGGCAUUUGCCUCUGCCUGUCCGCGCCUCAUCACCACCAAGCCACCACCGCUGCAACCAAGACGACCGGGCCGGUCCUUCCUACCGCUCAGAACACAGGACCUCAGCAACACAGCAACAGGAAACCUCUGAACUGCGAGCUGGAGGCCAUGACUUUGGUAACUCAGAAGCCCCGAGUCACAGCAAACCGCCACAUCAUGGAAGCAGGGAGAAGGUCGAACAGAAGAUCUCGGCUUCACCAGCAGACCACACCCGUGUGCCUUACAGCCAGCAAAAUCAUCAUUACCAUCAUCAGUGGCAAACAAGCCUCCCAAAAGCCCCUCAGCACAACGCGCCACCAUGCGGUCUGGAGGAAAAAGACUCCCGGAGUCAGCACCACAAACAAAGCACAGAAACUCAUCACUCUCACCUAAGGGGAAAUGCAAGUGACCCCGCUGUCUGCAAGAGCUCUGGUGCAGACUCUCCCUCAUACUCACCCCUGUUGUGCAGUUCUAAAGAAGGAGGUUCAACAAAAAGCAGUCCAGGUGCUCCUUCCAGUUCUUCUAUGUAUGCAGUGACCAGUUACAGAAAAGAUUCACCAGAAACUCAGCCGUCUAACCUCAGUGAGCAUCAGAAAUCCCACACAAGCCCCAGUCUCACCCAGAGAACAAGCAUAUCAUCCACCAAGUCUCGUUCUGGUUCAUCAUCCAGGCUUUCAGAUCCCAAAUACAGGAAGACCUCAGCCUGUUCGGGGCAGUCUGCCCCUGCCAGAUCGAGAGCAAACAAGCCUGAGAAGGUACAAGAGGGACUCAAAAAGACUGAGUACACACUCCCAAAUAAGAAAAAAGAGAAACGGAGCGAUGCUGAUAAAGCAAGUAGAAAGGACGAGGAAAGAAAAAGAAGAAAGAAAGGGGAGGAAAAACGGUUGGACGAAAGGAAGAGAAAAAGAGAGAAGGUAUUUAAAAAGGAAAGGGAAUUCAGUUUGAAAUCUAAAAAAAUAAAGGAAGACAUGUUCUCCUCCAUGUCUGAGUCCUCGUGUCCAGGAGAGGCCAAACUCCGUAGACUGGAGGUAAAAAUGUUGUCCCCAGAGAGCGAAAGCCAGUCGCUCCUCAAAAACAAGCAAAGGGAGAGAAAAGAACAGGCAGAGAAGGCUUCGAAAGGCUCGUCCACAGGAGCUCCUCGUCCUAGUUGCACUUCACAGAAUCUAAAGUCAGAUUUGGAGAAGAAACUCAAAAGGAAGAGAAAUCCGUCUGAAGUCCCAGUCAACAAGCAGCCAAGACCAUCUGUCCUCCUUAAACACGUCAUUCCCAAGCAGACCAGCAGCAUCACUUCUCAUUCAGAAGAUGGAGUAAAAACAUCCCUCCCACACAAAGCACCACUCAGUGCUACAUGCUCUGUUGGCUUAGAGAAAGCCAUCCAUGGCGUAGGAGAAUGUCGGGGAGGAAUUCUGGGUGCCCCAGACCUUCAGCCAGAGGCUGUGCUGGGAAAUCUGAUGGAUGUGGGGGACAGCCGUGCAAACACUCCCCCUGUGCUCAGCUGGCAGGGAUCCCCCGUGUCAGACCUUGAAGAAGAUGAGGGGGAGCUUGAAAAGAGGGUAAUAAGCAGACCAGUCCUCCAGCCCAGUCCUACACAGUGCUUUGCCCCUCCUCCUUCUGCAGACAGUGAAAGCGACGAUGGCAUGGGAAAAGUGUCUUGCAGCGAUAAGCUGAACGAGUACUCCCACGACAGCGCAGCUGAAUCCAGUGAUCCACCUUGUACCAUCAAACACGAUGUAAAGGACAAAAAGGAGCAGAACACUGGUGGGAAAACUGCUGGCUCGCUUCUCAGUGAGCUCCACCAGCAUAAAGCAGGUUUGCAGGAUGUCUUCAAGAGCCUGGCCACCUUCCUCGGAGGUCAGAGGGUCACGUGUCGAGGUGGUCCAUUUGGUGGAGCCCCUACAAAAGGGGUAAAGUACUCUUCAUCGCUCGCGACUGUGCCACAAAUACACGAUCAUAAGAAUCAACAUCCUUCUCCUAAAACAACCGCCGCAGCAUCCCCCGAGUCCAACAAUCAGUCACCCUCAGACACUACCUCAGACUCACUCCUAAAACUCCACAGUCUGCCAUAUCAGAAAGAGCCUGGCGCCCACGCCGAGGUGCGGGAAAAGCAAGAAGAGACCGAGAGUUCGGAGAAAGUGACCCAAGAGGGGAAGUAUUCAAAGGAGCUCUUGGAGAAAGCAGACUCAUCUCUUUUAGAGGGAUCGUUGAGUGCAGAGCUGAGAGUAACCACAACACACACCGCCUCUUUCACCAGCGUCAUUACGGUCUCUACCAAGGAAGAGAAAGGAAACAGGAAAGAGACGGGGCACGCAGCUAUAAACAGGAAGCGAAAACAAAAGGCUAGGGAUGUGGGAAGAGGAGCAGAGCUCAACGUAAAGGUGAAGAAACAAGGAAGAAACAAACGUAAGGCUAAUCAAAUAAAAGAGCCGGACAAAAGAGGUGGUUCAGCCUCCGUUUCUGUUGCCUCCAGACCCAUCGCAGGAAGUACGAAGGGCCAGAUUCCUCAGGAAAACCAAUCCCCUUAUGGCAAACACAUCAAGAGAGUCAAACUGGACACUGAGAGUGCUGAUGCACACAUGGCAACAGGUGUGAAGGUAGAAGUUGGUGGGGCAGAGAAUAAAAAAACCUCAGAAAACAACACCUCUAUCUCAGCCUCAGCUGCAACAAUCACCACAUCCAAGUCAGGUGCUACCAGACCAGCAAGCAAUCAUCAAUGCUCAAAGGCUCCAGUAGACCCCCUGAGACUGAAAGCGUUGUCCAUGGGCUUGUCUAAGGAGUUGAAGAUUGUCUUGGUCAAAAUGAAGUGUGCUGGAAGACAAACGUUUAACGUGUCCGAGCUGGAGGAGAAAAGAAUCCCACUUUCCAAGAUCAGUAUCCUAAAUACAGCAACGGAAGUGGUCAGAGCGUGCAGAGGAACAAGCAUGAAGGGGAAAUUCAGGGAGUCGUACCUGCUUCCUGCCUUCUCUGUGAAACCCAACAUUGGCGUUGACACCCUCAUUCCUCGGGAAAAGCUGAACCCUCCCACCCCGAGCAUUUAUUUGGAAAGCAAGAGAGACGCCUUUUCUCCAGUCCUGCUUCAGUUCUGUACCAAUCCUAAAAAUGCUGUUACAGUCAUCCGGGGUCUUGCAGGCUCCCUCCGCCUUAAUCUUGGUCUGUUUUCCACCAAAUCUCUGGUUGAAGCCAACUCGGACCACGCUGUGGAAGUGAGGACUCAGGUUCAGCAGCCUGCCGACGAGAACUGGAACACAAAUGGCUCAGUGCAGACAUGGCCCUGCGAAAGCAGCCGCUCUCACACCACCAUUGCCAAAUAUGCCCAGUACCAGGCCUCCAGCUUCCAGGAGAGCCUUCAGGACGAGAAGGAGAGUGAGAGUGAGGAAGAAGAAGAAGAGCAGACCUCUGAGCCAUCAGAAACCAAUAAAGUCAACAAUAAAGGUGCUCCCUCCUCAACCACAAAUAAAAAAGACUCCACUGCUGCCUUGAGCAAAGGCCUGUCACAUAAGGCCACAGGCACAUCCAGCCCAGAGCAGAAAAUGGCAGGAAAGAUCAUUAAAUUUGGGACCAACAUUGACCUUUCUGACCCUAAAAGGUGGAAGCCCCAAUUGCAGGAGCUGCUGAAGCUGCCAGCAUUCAUGCGAGUGGAGUCCAACAACAAUAUGCUCAGCCUCGUUGGUCACACUAUCCUGGGCAUGAACACCGUUCAGCUCUACAUGAAGGUCCCAGGCAGCCGCACGCCAGGACAUCAAGAGAACAACAACUUCAGCUCAGUCAACAUCAACAUCGGGCCUGGGGACUGUGAGUGGUUUGCAGUUCAUGAACACUACUGGCAAGCUAUCAGCAAGUUCUGCGAAAAGCACGGAGUGGACUACCUUACGGGGUCUUGGUGGCCAGUUCUGGAGGACCUCUACAGCGCCAACAUCCCUGUGUACCGCUUCAUUCAGAGGCCAGGUGACCUGGUUUGGAUCAAUGCGGGCACUGUUCACUGGGUCCAAGCUGUGGGCUGGUGCAACAACAUCGCCUGGAAUGUGGGACCACUCAGCUCUUACCAAUACCAGCUUGCCCUGGAGCGCUUCGAGUGGAACGAGGUGAAGAAAGUCAAGUCAAUCGUUCCCAUGAUCCACGUUUCAUGGAACGUGGCUCGCACUAUCAAGAUCACAGACGAGGAUACCUUCAAGCUGAUCAAACACUGCCUCCUGCAGUCCAUCAAGCACAUCCAGAUUCUCAGAGAACAGCUGGUGGCUGCGGGGAAGAAAAUAUUUUACCAGAGCCGCGUGAAGGACGAGCCAGCCUACUACUGCAAUGAGUGUGAUGUGGAGGUGUUUAACCUGCUGUUUGUGACCAGUGAGAACAGCAGUAAAAAAACCUACGUGGUGCACUGUGAGGACUGCGCCCGAGCUAACAACUCAUCACUGGCGGGGGUGGUGGUGCUGGAACAGUAUCGAACAGAGGAGCUGAUGAAAGUCUACGACAGCUUUGUGCUGACGCCACCACCUUUCACUAAGUGAGGAGUCCUCCACGCCGUGCAUCAUUCAGCCAUAACCAAAACUCUAACGGCAGCACAAAAGUUGUCCUGAAGGCGGUCCACUCCUGCGAACACUUCCUCAGUCAGCCAAUCACGUUUACUCUGUAUUGUUUACAUCAUACAGAAAAGGUAUGGAUGCUCAGCCAACCCAAGUCCAGCGCACCGUCUUCCCCAUACCAGCUGCAGACUGGACGCGUGUUUUGAAAUAGAAUGACUAGACUGGUUUUUCACAAAAAAACAUUUCAGAUGAGUUUAAGAAAAAACACACACACAACGUAAGCACUGCUAGCACUGAAAAUCAGGUAAUAUAUGUUCAACGGACACUGCUGUGAUUUCAAAGCGUCAAGUAGCCGGUUCUGUGUAUUGAUUCAGGUACUUUUAUGCAAAUUCAGUAGAACUUUUUUACACCAAUCUAGUUAUUCUAUAUGUCCAUGAAUUUGCUGUGAUUCUAUUGUACCAGCAGAGGAAUUGCUUCACAGGAGAAGUAGCUGAUUGUCACUUUUGGCAUCAUGUUGGUUCCUGUUUUUCUUUGUUUGGUAUUCAGGUAAACUCUGACAUUUCUAAAUCCUGUCUGUAAACUUUUCGAGGUGCUAUUCCAAUCUUAUUUAUUGUUAGAUACUUCAAUUUACCAGCCUAGAAGUACACCACAUUGGCCUUGUGAACUGUAUUUAGAGGAGAGGUAAUUAGAUUAAUUAAUACAAAUGAGGUUUUUAUGGCAAAUAAAAAAGAAAUUCUCAGUUUCUCUAAAAUACGGGUUUACUGGAGGACUAAUAUGGAUUUCAUUGUCAGUUGGAAAUCAAGUGUGUAAAAAGGAAUCAGACAUUUUGGGGCGUUGGCGUGACUUGUUUGAUACGUCAAGUAAACAGACAUAAAGCUAGUGUCGUUUUUUGGUUCUAAAAUGGGAAAAGCGAUUCCCAGUUUUAUACCUCUCUUGUUGCUGUUUUUGUUUUAGUGUAACAGAGAAAAUAAAGAAUUGUAAAUUGUGAAUGGAUUUAUGAGACACACAGUGGUGUGCACAGACAUGGUGCAGAGGUGAUCUUUAUGUUAGUAAAAUACCCCUGUAGGGUGCAGAGGUGAUCUUUACAUUAGUGAAAUACCCCCGUAGGGUGCAGAGGGGAUCUUUACGUUAGUGAAAUACCCCCGUAGGGUGCAGAGGGGAUCUUUACGUUAGUGAAAUGUCCCCAUAGCGUGCAGACGUACGUGAUCAGAAUCUGAAGUGAAAAAGCCAAACAGACGAGGAGAGUGAAAAAUGAUUGUGUUCAGAUCUGAACAUCCUGUCUUGGUGAGGUUAACUUCAUGCACUGCCAACAAAGUUCAUUCAGUCCAAAAAGACUGAAAACCUCAGAAAGCUCAGAUGACAUUCUUUAGGAGUAAUUAGCAUUUGUAGAAACCAGGCUCUAAUUUACCAUGUUAUUGUGAUAUUAUUGUUUUAGUGUCAUGUCAUCAAUAACUGCAUAAGUAUCAGCAAACUAUUGCAGCUGAUCUGGUUAAUUUCCAGACUGUAGCUGAGAAAAGAGCGUCUAGUUUCCCUAAAGUAGGAUGAUUUCGACAAUUAGUUUUAAAAAAUUGUCAUAAAUAUGUAAAUGUGCAAGUAUUUUUUAUAUGUAAAUCUUUACUUAAAAAAAUGUGACUAAUCGAAACAGAAAAGUUUUAACAAAAAAAUAUCUGUAAAAGACAGAAGAAUCGAUAUAUCAGCAUAUUAAACAUCGACAAUACACAAUACUUAGAUAUUUUUCUUUUAGUUCAAUUAAAUUGAAAUUGUAAAAUGAGUUUAAAAAUGGAUUACUGAUAAAUACAGAUUUUUUUUAAUAAUAGACCUUUGCUUCUACAUUAGUGCACUUAUCUACACACUAUUAAUCUCUACAUUGUAUUGUCUGUUUAGAAAUCAUAUUGGAAGUUUGGCCUCAUUAUUAUGAAGCACCACCCCUUAAAGUUUCAGACCACAGUUCCCUUAUCCGUCUGUGCACACCAUGUCCUGUACAUACUGUAACCAAUUUCAUGUUUCCUGAAAAACAUGUAAUUCUGUUCUCAGUCAGAAAUCGAAUUUGUUGAUGUCACUCGUCUUUUGGGAUUUUUCUUUGUAUUUUUUGUUGGUAUUAUCUAAUACAUGCUGAAACUAUCCUGUUCACCCCAGUUUAAAAUACUGCAAUGGGAAGUCCUUCCCUCUCUUAUACCUCUUUUUUGUUGUUGGUUUCUGUUAUUUUUCUGGUUGGUUUUGUUUUUGAAUUAUGGAGAAAAUGAACAUUUGUAAAUGGUGACAUUAUUUAUACUAUAAAUUGUUGUUUGCUUACAUAUUUAUUGCAUAUCAAAUGAUACUUCACUUGACAAGGGGCUACAAGGUAUUUAAAAGUGUAGUAUGGUCAUACUGUAUGGAUAGGGGAAGUGCAAUCGGAGGGGCGGUUUUAAUAUUCAUGGUGCUAGACCCCUGCUUGCCUCAAUGCCCCCUCACUAAACAGCAUUAUGUUGAUGUAUGAACUUAAUUCAACUCAAACCAACCAUUUGGUGCUUAGAAACCAUUUCAACAGGUUACUGGUAACAGAAAUGGAAUGAUGUCUUUGUACUGUAUCUAGCAAAUGAAUACAACACUUUUUGUUUAACUUUUAUCUCAUUGUAUGAAAUUCAUAACCUUGCGUGGCAUUAGUGAUUUUAUGAGCAUUAGCUGUAGUUGUAACUCUUGACACUUUUUGAAGAGACUCUUAGGGAUGUGACUUUUAUUGGCGUCAAGAUUUUUAGUGUCUUGUCCUCAUUUGUACUAUUAGAGGAUGUAUCGAUGCUCCUUUUUUCCUCCCCUUUCCUCCUCAUUUGUUUGAUUUAUGCUGCACUUAUUGUUUCCAAAAGAACUCACAUAGAAGAAAACCUGAGCCAAGCCUGUCUUAAAUCCCUCUGUGAUUUUUCUGUGACAUACUGUAUUGUUGUUCAAAAAAAUAAAAUGUUUUGAUAUGCAAUUUGA